GAUUGGCCCUCGCCUGCCGGGGGCUUCUCUCGCCGGGACUCCGGACUCCCGGAAAGUGGACGAGCUGGGGAGGGGGGCCGGCUAGCUGUGCGGACCGAGUAGGGGACCCCCGGCGUGAGGCGCCCUCACUGGGCUGGGUGGGCUGGGUGGGCGGCGGCUGCUGUGAGGAGUGCGUGGGACCACGCCUGGGACAGAGGAGCCAUGGCCCCGCAGAACCUGAGCACCUUUUGCCUGUUGCUGCUGUACCUCAUCGGGGCCGUGAUCGCCGGGCGAGAUUUCUAUAAGAUUUUGGGGGUGCCUCGCAGUGCCUCUAUAAAGGAUAUUAAAAAGGCCUAUAGGAAGCUGGCCUUGCAGCUUCAUCCUGACCGGAACCCUGAUGAUCCCCAAGCCCAGGAGAAAUUCCAGGAUCUAGGUGCUGCAUAUGAGGUUCUGUCAGAUAAUGAGAAACGGAAACAGUAUGAUACUUAUGGUGAAGAAGGAUUAAAAGAUGGUCAUCAGAGCUCCCAUGGAGACAUUUUUUCACAUUUCUUUGGAGAUUUUGGUUUUAUGUUCGGAGGAACCCCUCGUCAGCAAGACAGAAAUAUUCCUAGAGGAAGUGAUAUUAUUGUAGAUCUAGAAGUCACUUUGGAAGAAGUGUAUGCAGGAAAUUUUGUGGAGGUCGUUAGAAACAAACCUGUGGCAAGGCAGGCUCCAGGCAAACGGAAAUGCAAUUGUCGGCAAGAGAUGCGGACCACCCAGCUGGGCCCUGGGCGCUUCCAAAUGACCCAGGAAGUGGUCUGCGAUGAAUGCCCCAAUGUCAAAUUGGUGAAUGAAGAACGAACACUAGAGGUAGAAAUAGAACCUGGUGUGAGAGAUGGCAUGGAGUACCCCUUUAUUGGAGAAGGUGAGCCUCAUGUGGAUGGGGAGCCUGGAGACUUACGGUUCCGAAUCAAAGUUGUCAAGCACCCAAUAUUUGAAAGGAGAGGCGAUGAUUUAUACACAAAUGUGACAGUCUCACUAGUUGAGUCUCUGGUUGGCUUUGAGAUGGACAUUACUCACUUGGAUGGUCACAAGGUACAUAUCUCCCGGGAUAAGAUCACCAGGCCGGGAGCAAAGCUAUGGAAGAAGGGAGAAGGGCUCCCCAACUUUGACAACAACAACAUCAAAGGCUCUUUGAUAAUCACUUUUGAUGUGGAUUUUCCAAAAGAACAGUUAACAGAAGAGGCAAGAGAAGGUAUCAAACAGCUGCUGAAACAAGGAUCAGUGCAGAAGGUAUACAAUGGACUGCAAGGGUAUUAAGAAGGAAUAAAAUUGGACUUUGUUCAAAAUGAGUGAAUCAGAGAUAUUUAUUAUCUGCAGGACUUUUUGUCUGUGUUUUUGUUUUUAUUUUCGAUCUGCAAGUUUAGUUUAAUUUUUUUUCUAAUGAUUGUCAUGAAAUGAAUAAGAAGGCUUAAGAAUUUGUCCAUUACAUUCAGAAAAGAAUGACCAGCAAAAGGUUUACUAAUACCUCUCCCUUUGGGGAUUUAAUGUCUGGUGCUGCCGCCUGAGUUUCAAGAAUUAAAGCUGGAAGAGGACUCCAGGAGCAAAAGAAACACAACAUAGAGGGUGGAGUUAAUUGUUAACUAUCUCAUUCAAAAUGCCAACUGGAGAAGUCUGUUUUUAAAUACAUUUUGUUGUUAUUUUUUU